AUGCAGCGUGAGUCUGGGAAGAAGAAGCAGGAGAAGAAGGGGGACAAGCGGCUGUUUGACGCCGUGUCCUUUGGGAAGGACCUGCUUGCAGGCGGUGUCGCAGCGGCAGUGUCCAAGACGGCGGUGGCGCCCAUCGAGCGGGUGAAGCUGCUGCUGCAGGUGCAGGCGUCGUCCAAGCAGAUCAGUCCCGAGGCGCAGUACAAAGGCAUGAUAGAUUGUCUGCUGCGGAUUCCCCGUGAACAAGGUUUUUUGAGUUAUUGGCGUGGCAAUUUGGCAAAUGUUAUCCGGUAUUUUCCAACACAAGCUCUGAACUUUGCUUUUAAGGACAAAUACAAGCAACUUUUCAUGUCUGGAGUUAAUAAAGAAAAACAGUUCUGGAGGUGGUUUUUUGCAAACCUGGCUUCUGGUGGAGCUGCUGGGGCAACAUCUUUAUGUGUAGUGUAUCCGCUAGAUUUUGCCCGAACCAGAUUAGGUGCUGAUAUUGGAAAAGGUCCUAAGGAACGUCAAUUCAAGGGUUUGGGCGACUGUAUUAUGAAAAUAGCAAAAUCGGAUGGAAUUGCUGGCUUAUACCAAGGGUUUGGUGUUUCAGUUCAGGGCAUCAUCGUGUACCGAGCCUCUUAUUUUGGUGCUUAUGACACAGUUAAGGGAUUAUUACCAAAACCAAAGGAAACCCCAUUUCUUGUUUCCUUUUUCAUUGCUCAAGUUGUGACUACGUGCUCUGGAAUACUCUCUUAUCCCUUUGACACAGUUAGAAGACGCAUGAUGAUGCAGAGUGGUGAGUCUCAACGGCAAUAUAAAGGAACCUUGGAUUGCUUUAUGAAGAUAUACAAACAUGAGGGAAUCAGUGCAUUUUUUCGUGGUGCCUUCUCCAAUAUCCUUCGUGGUACAGGGGGUGCUUUGGUGCUGGUAUUAUAUGAUAAAAUUAAAGACUUCCUUAAUAUUGAUAUUAGAGGUAGUUCAUAAAGAGGUUAAAUUAAGAUACAUGUAUUUAUUAAACAUGCAAUUUACAUAGCUGCCACCUGUAACAUUUUGGUAAUAUGUUAUUACUGCCGGUAUUUUUCUUAAAGUGCUAAUCCUUCAAUAAAGCAUAGGCAUUUUUCAAGGAUUUGAAUACUUGAUAUGAGAUAAACAUGGGCUUCCUUCCACUUAGACUCAAACUUUAAUGAGACGUUUUACUUGUAAGCAGUGUAUGUUAUUUCUAUUUGUUUAAAAUCCUUUUCUUUUGUGAUAAAAAAGAUUAAAAUGUAUGAUGCUGAAAUCUAAGAAAUUAAAAUACCUUCUUUUAAGUUGCUAUUCUUCUAAUGUACCUGUCCUCCCAUCUUUUCAAAUCAUACGAUAUGAUUACAAUUUCUUAAAAGCUUAUCAGACGUCAUCACUUAGAUCUAUGAGCAUAAAUAACUUUUCUUCUACAACAUCUCUACAAAGACAGUGCAGUUUUUGCCAUGUAAAGUGUUUAUGGUAUCAUAUAGCUUUUUAUAUGUACAAAUGCUAGAUCUGGAUGUAAAAAACUUAGAUAAAUGACUUUAAUGACACUUAUUAUAAACUUGUAGUUGGACAAUAAAAGAUGUAAAGUGGCUUAUCUGCUAAGCUUUAUCCUUAAAAUCAAUAAAAUGUAAUAUGACUAUAUCUUGGAAAAGAAUAUUUCCCCUUGAAAAUUAGUUUCUGUACUCUGUAUUGAUAAUAAACCAAAACCAAACCCGUUGCCAUCGAGUCGAUUCCGACUCAUAAUAAGGGAAGUUUAAACUAUUAUAAAUGAGCUUU